CACUCUGGCCACACCCACCCAGCCCCCCCCAAGGGCAACCACAAUGCUGAUGCGGCCCUCAGUGAAAUUGAGUUUGACACCCCUGAACUAGAGCAUUCCAGCAGGAACUAUCUUGAAGGAACGUGAAUAGGAAUCAGCGUAUCUAUAUUGCUGAAUUACAGUUUUUGUUUAUCCUAAUCAUGCCUUUUACUUGAAAAAGAAAAUAUAAGGAAAAAUUCUAAUGCAACUUUAUAUAUCAUUUUAUAUGUUCAUAUAAAAUUGUAAUGUGAAUAGGCAACUAGCAAAUGUUCUUCGACAAACAUGAAUAUCUUGCAAGUAUAUGUGGCAAGGAAGUCAGGAUGGAUCAGACCUCUCUGUUGGAUACACACAUAAUGCAACAGUACAUUUUCUGUCAGGUUAAGCAACAUUUCUUAACCACUGUCGCACAUUCUCUAUAUUACAGAACCAAAGCAUGGAUUUUUUUAAAAAAAUGUAUUAUAGGUUGUUCAAGUGUUUAUAUCAAAAUGUCUGAGCUGAUAUGGUAUAAGAAGAAGGUGAGAGAAUUUGGCAGGCUUGUUAUUUUAAGUGGCUGCUGAUCAGAAGACGUAGCUGUGGGUUUUGAGCCAUCUGGAAUUUGGAGAUUUUACAUUCAUAAGUCUGAGUGGGCUUGUACUCCCUAAGGCAGAGUUGGUGUGCAACUUGGACAUCCUCUUGUACUCAUAGCUUCUGCUCAAAGAGCAGGUUGCUGCUUUGACCAAAAGGGCUUUUACAUAAAUCUAUGUUGGAUACUCUCUUUUUAAAAAUAGGGAGGCCCUAUACAUAGUCAUUCAUACAUUAGUUUCCUCCCAUUUAGAUUAUUACAAUAUAUUCUACAGAGGCUGCCUUUAAACAGUAUUGAGAUGCCUCAAUUGUUCUGCUACAAUACAGCAGAAUGGACAGUUUUGAGGACACCCUGGUCUACCCAUGUGUCAUUCAUUGCUUCUCAGACUGCAUUUCCAAUAGUCUUCCAGCAAUACAAACUACUGGUAACCAUCUGAAAAGCCCUUCAUGGCAUGAAUCCAGUUUAUUUCUGGAACCAUCUUUCUCCAACUGUUUCUGCCCAUACCAACAGAUCCAACAGAGCAGGCAUCCUUCAGGUCCAUUCUAUGAGGCACUGUCAUAUAGUGGGACUUACCGUAGUAUACUCAGAAUACUCUGUCAUGGGACUUGGCUGAGCUUCUGUAAGGCCUUAAAGACCUACAAAAUUUGGGCUGUUGGAUGAACCUGCAUAGUAAUAUUUGCAUUUGUUGGGGGAUGUCUUUGACUUAGACCUCAAAACCAUAGUAAUGUACUGAUUGCUGUUAUAGUUACUUAUCUGUGCUAUUGCUGGUGCAUAAGAUUCACAUAUGAAAUGUGUGCUUUUAAGAAAUAAAGCUGAUUUGAGAGGGGGAAGAGCGAGAGCUCUGAGUAGCUUGCAUGCUUUUGAGUUUAAGGGUCAACAUUGACUUGAAACUCACUCAAAAGUUACAGCUUAAAAGCAUGGACAGAUGGCAUAUACUGGCCCCAUUGGAAAUCAUUCUGUGACAGUUCUUUCCCAGUAUGAAAUCUAGAGCUUUUUGAUUCCACAACAUUGAAAACUCAGUGGAUUUACUCCAUCAGUAUAUUAGAAACUACGAUAAAAUUGAACUAUAAUAGAACUAAAGAACAAGUGUGGAGGUGCCCUGAAUGAAUCCACUUCACAAGGGCAGUAAUUGUGUAGGCAAGCAAGCAAUUUGAUCUACUUGCUUUCAAGUAAAUGCCAGACUUGUGCCCUCAUUGAAUAAUCUGAAUCAUUUCAAGUUACCGAAGUAGAGAAUCAUGGCAGAGAAAUAAACACUGAGUUAAAGAUGUAGAUUAAUUACUCUGCCUCAACCAGACUCUAAGUGCUUUAGUCAUCGAACUGAAAAUCCCAAGUGUUUAUUCGCGUGCGAAACAGAAAUCUCGAGCUCCCACUCACUGAGUGGGCGGCUGCUUUGGGUCAAUGCGAAGCCAGUCCGCCAGAGGGCAGUCGUGGACACGGCCCGCCAACCAGCCUGCCGGCUUCUCUCCCUUGCUGCUGAGCCCACGCAGGGCAGGCGCUUGCACGGCGCCGUGUGAGGCGCUAGGUGGCGCUGCCCGCCCUGCUCCCCACCGUGCAGCAUGGCGGCAGCAGCGGCGGCGGCGGUGGCGGCGGCGGGAGCCUCGCAGCCCCAGGCCGGGGCCACCGCCGCUGCCCCUACGGCGGCGGCAGAAGAGUCGUCGGACAGUGAGCCGGAGCAAGAAUCCGGCUCACCACAGAAGCUCAUCCGCAAGGUCUCCACCUCCGGCCAGAUCCGCCAGAAGACUAUUAUCAAAGAGGGCAUGUUGAUGAAGCAAACCAAUUCCUUCCAGCGGUGGAAAAGGCGAUAUUUCAAAUUGAGAGGGCGAACUUUGUACUACGCCAAAACUGCUAAGUCAAUUAUUUUUGAUGAGGUGGAUCUGACAGAUGCCAGUGUGGCAGAAUCUAGCACUAAAAAUGUCAACAAUAGUUUCACGGUUAUUACCCCAUGUCGAAAACUCAUCUUGUGUGCUGACAACAGAAAAGAAAUGGAAGACUGGAUUGCUGCACUAAAAAUUGUACAGAAUCGUGAACAUUUUGAGUCUACCCAGUACAGUAUGGACCAUUUUUCAGGAAUGCAUAACUGGUAUGCUUGCUCACAUGCACGUCCAACGUACUGCAAUGUGUGUCGAGAGGCAUUAUCUGGGGUCACAUCUCAUGGACUAUCCUGUGAAGUGUGCAAAUUUAAGGCUCACAAGAGAUGUGCUGUCCGGGCAACUAAUAACUGCAAAUGGACAACGCUGGCAUCCAUUGGGAAGGAUAUCAUUGAAGAGGAAGAUGGGAUUUCAAUGCCACACCAGUGGCUGGAGGGAAACCUACCUGUGAGUGCCAAAUGUACAGUGUGUGAUAAAACAUGUGGCAGUGUCCUACGCUUGCAAGACUGGCGUUGUCUUUGGUGCAAAGCCAUGGUACAUACCUCAUGCAGAGACUUAUUACCAACAAAAUGCCCCCUUGGCCUUUGUAAAGUGUCUGUCAUCCCUCCCACAGCUCUCAACAGCAUUGAUUCUGAUGGUUUUUGGAAAGCCACUUGUCCUCCUUCUUGUACAAGCCCUUUGUUGGUCUUUGUCAACUCAAAAAGUGGAGACAACCAGGGUGUAAAGUUUCUUCGAAGAUUUAAACAACUGUUAAAUCCUGCACAAGUCUUUGAUCUUAUGAAUGGAGGACCUCAUCUUGGUUUACGUUUAUUUCAGAAAUUUGACACUUUCCGAAUUCUGGUGUGUGGUGGGGAUGGAAGCGUUGGAUGGGUACUCUCUGAAAUUGAUAGCCUCAGUCUCCAUAAACAGUGCCAGCUGGGUGUCUUGCCUUUAGGUACUGGCAAUGACCUUGCACGUGUGCUAGGUUGGGGAUCUGCUUGUGAUGAUGAUACUCAACUUCCUCAAAUAUUGGAAAAGCUGGAAAGGGCCAGUACCAAAAUGCUUGAUAGAUGGAGCAUUAUGGUAUAUGAAACAAAACUCCCUCCUCAAACAUCAGCUACUACAGUUCUUGAAGAUUUCAGUGAAAGUUCUGAGGUACAACAGAUACUUUUCUAUGAAGACUCUGUGGCUGCUCAUUUAUCCAAAAUUUUGACAUCUGACCAACACUCAGUAGUCAUCUCAUCAGCCAAGGUGCUUUGUGAAACCGUGAAAGAUUUUGUAGCUCGAGUAGGGAAAGCAUAUGAAAGAGCACCAGAAAGUUCAGAGGAGUCAGAAGUCAUGACCAGAAAGUGCUCUGUUUUGAAAGAGAAGCUGGACUCACUUUUGAAGACACUGAAUGAAGAAUCUCAAGCUUCAACAUCUUUGCCAAACCCACCUCCCACCAUUGCAGAAGAAACAGAAGAUGGUGAUGGUUCUGGAAUGGCUUGUGAUACUUCUACUGAGCUGUCAGCAGGGUCAUCCUGUAUUGCUCGUACUCAGAUAUUUAGACCACGUGAACAGCUGAUGUUGAGAGCCAACAGUCUGAAAAAAGCCAUUCGUCAAAUUAUUGAGCAUGCAGAAAAAGCUGUUGAUGAACAGAAUGCUCAAACCCAAGAACAGGCAAGCUUUCUUCUGGAUUUUUCCACCCCUGAAGAAGGAAAGGAUCUAAGGAAUGAGAACAAAAUCAAUUUACAGUCUUCACACAUUGGCAACUAUGGAUUUCCAAAAGGGAGAAGCCACCGGAAAGUAAUCAAGUCUCCUUGUGAAAGACUAAUAAGUAAAGGAAGUAUAUCAGUAGGAAGCUCUGCCUCUCUUCCUCCACAGGCAGGAAACCGGGACAGCUUGCCAAUGUUGAACGCAAAGAUCAUCUAUCCCAAUUUCCGUGCUGGGACAUCUGGUUCUCUACCAGGAGGUUCUGUCAUCAGUCGGUUGUUGAUCAACGCAGAUCCAUUUAACCCUGAGCCAGAAAAUCUUGAUUGUUACAUAGAGAAAUGUGUCAUGAAUAAUUAUUUUGGAAUUGGCUUGGAUGCAAAGAUUUCUUUGGAUUUCAACAACAAGCGUGAUGAACAUCCAGAGAAAUGCAGAAGUCGUACAAAAAAUAUGAUGUGGUACGGAGUUCUUGGGACAAAGGAGCUGCUACACAGAACUUACAAAAACUUAGAACAGAAGGUUUUGUUAGAGUGUGAUGGGCGUCCAAUCCCUUUGCCCAGUCUUCAAGGAAUUGCGGUUCUCAACAUCCCCAGCUAUGCAGGAGGCACAAACUUCUGGGGAGGAACUAAAGAAGAUGAUACAUUUACAGCUCCUUCUUUCGAUGAUAAGAUCCUAGAAGUGGUUGCAGUGUUUGGAAGUAUGCAGAUGGCUGUCUCUCGUGUAAUUAAUCUUCAACAUCAUCGGAUAGCCCAGUGCCGAACUGUGAAGAUUGCAAUCCUGGGAGAUGAGGGAGUCCCUGUGCAAGUUGAUGGAGAGGCUUGGAUUCAACCCCCGGGAUAUAUUUGGAUUGUUCAUAAAAACAGGGCACAAACAUUAACCAGAGACAGGGCAUUUGAGAAUACCCUAAAGUCUUGGGAAGACAAACAAAAGUGUGAGCUGCCCAGACCUCCCUCUUUCACACUGCAUCCUGAGAUUAUAUCCGAGGAAGAAUCAACUCAUAUCAAUCAGUUUUGCAGAGCAGCUGGAGCUCUGAUUCACAGCAUUCGAGAAAUAGCUCAGGCAUACCAGGAUAUGGAACAAGAACUUGCUCAUGCUGUCAAUGCUAGCUCCAAAUCUAUGGACAAAGUGUAUGCAAAAUCCAAGUCUACAGAGGGCCUGAAUUGCAACCUUGUAGUAGAAAUGGUAAAUAAUGUUAAAGCCUUGCACAGUGAAACAGAACUUCUUCUGGCUGGAAAAAUGGCCCUGCAGCUGGAUCCUCCCCAGAAGGAACAGCUCCAAGCUGCACUGACAUAUAUGGACUUUCACAUAAGGAAACUAGCAGAUAUCCCAUGGCUGUGGCAACUCAUGGAGCCCAGUGAUGAAGAGAACCAAAUGCUGGAUUAUUCUAAACGCAGCCGAAGUGGCAAAUUUCGUCUGGUGAAAUUUAAAAAGGAUAAAAACAACAAGAAUAAGGAGACAAGCAGUAGCUUGGGAUUGCCGGUUCACCUCUGGGGAACAGAGGAGGUUGCAGCCUGGCUUGAACAUCUCAGUCUUUGUGAGUAUAAAGAUAUCUUCAUCCGGCAUGACAUCCGGGGCUCUGAGCUCCUGCAUCUGGAACGGAGAGAUCUCAAGGAUCUAGGAGUGACCAAAGUGGGUCACAUGAAGAGAAUAUUACAUGGGAUCAAGGAAUUGAGCAAGAAUAUUCCUGUCACCGAGGCUUAACCACUGUUUUUGGACCCUGUUUCUACCAUUCCUCCUGAUCUCUGCACAAUUGAAAGCUGACAGGGCACAUAUUUCUGUUGUCCCAGUGGAACAGCCAAAUAGUAUCAGUGUUCAGAGCUCACAUCCAGCUUUUUAUGGUGCUACUGUUCUGAUAUGGCAUAGAGUACAAACUACUCUACAAGUCAUACUUUGCUAGACUAGAUGUUACUUGGCUUCCUCAAUCUCAGUGUCCUUUAUUCAAACUUGGAUACUCUUGAUGCAAAGCAUCUUCCUUGAUUCCUUCAGUCAAGAUUGGUAAACCAGCCUGUGGAUCCACAACGUUGAGGGAGAGUUAAGUCACCAAAGUCAAUGCUAAGGACUUUAUGAUUUAAGAAUUGUGACAGGCAUUAAGAGUAAUGAAAACACCUGUUUUUCAAGCAUGCACAAUGAUAAAAUUAGAUGUUGAGAAUGAAAAAAGGGUAUUUGUAAAUCCACUAUUUAGGAAACUUUAAAAAAUUAAUUCACCAAUUAUACAGUUAAUAUAUAGCCUUUGUAAUAACUGACAUAGGACUUAAAUUAGGAAGAGACACUUAUCUUUCAUUUUCCCGACAGUCUUUUUUUGUGCCAGAAAUGCAUAUAACUACUUGUCUAAAUCUGCCUUGUUCUUUUCUGGUUCUACUGUGUAAUAUUCAUGGAUGCUAAUAUUUUUGUUUAAAGCAUCAAUUCCUGGAGAAACAUGGGAAAGACCCAGAAAUGCUCCAAGAUAGCAGAAUAUGCUGAUCCUUAACAAUACUGUUGUUCAAUGCAUAUACACCGGAAAAUUAAUUUUCCAGUUUUUUUUUUAAAUUCUUGCUAUGAUUCUAAGGAAAACAUGUCACAAUCAAGUAGAAAACAGCACUUUAUCAUUGAUGAUAAACAUGGUAAUUUCUUCCAUUUCCCAUUGAACACCUCAGGGAGUAAAAUCAAUAUAUAAUUUUAGGAAAAAAUGCAGUAAAAAGGGAUGAAUUUCUAAACUUUAACCAUAGAAGAAUUAUAGCACUUGCUAUGUGUUUUCUUAAAAAUCAUGUGAAAUGAGGAAUGCUUGACUAAAUUGUUCUUAUCUUCAACAGCCUAACUUUCUCUUUUGUUUUAACCAGGCAUUUCAUUUUCUUUUUUAUUCUAUGCCGAAGUUGGGAGUCAUCACUCUUUCAAGAUCUGCAUUUGCAGAGUUCUGUCAUAAUUUGAGUUCUCAUAAUAAAUUAGCUUUUAAACUUGUAUUAUACCAUCACAUCCCAAGGUAUUAAUUAGUAAGGAUAAUUUUCUAUCUUGGCCUCUUUUUUGUUGACUUAUUUACUUAAAUUCCUUUCUACAUAAUGGAAGUCCUGAAUUUCAAAUUUUAUGGACAGUAUAACUGUAUCAGAUUGACAAUAUGUGUUGUUAAUCUGUUUUACUUGGUAUUUGGAGUAUUUAGUAUUGUUUAUUUGAAGCUGGUUAUUUUUUUCCUAAAAGAAGUGUUAAAAAGUGCCAUGAUAUACCAGAGCUUUCAAUUUGGCAGCUUAAGGUUUCUAGUUUUAUUGUAUUUUUUGUUUUAUAAAGAAGCAUAAGGUGUUCUGUUUCGUGGGCAAAAAUACACUGCUGGAUUGCUCAAGCUAAUAUUUCUUGGCAUUUCAUUAAAACAUGACCCAUAAUAUUUGAAUUGGUCCAUUACAUUUCAGAAAACAUGGAGAAAUAUAAGAAAAAGAAUUUACCCCAGCAAGUGCCAAUGUCAGAAGUCAGAGAUUGUAUUUUAAUAACAUACUGUGAAAUGUGAAAAAACAUUAACAUUUCAGGUGUAAAUAAAAUCCCUGAAUUUACCACCACCAACAAAUUUUAUUGAUUAAUCAUCUAACCAUAUCAAAAACCUAUAAAACCAGUAUAGAAGAAACAAGUAUAAUAAAUUAUUACCUCUGCAACACCCAAUCUGUUCUAGAUAGUCUGUUGUCUUUAAAAUGGCUUUUGAUAUAAAAAUUGCAGUAUUGAUAAUGAUAUGCAGGUUUCUGCUCUGCAAGAAUAAGACCAUUUUUUCUGGGUCAUCCAGGUUUUUUUUUUUUUAGUUUUUAAAUAAAGAUCUAAUUAAAUGGCCCUUUCUGAAGAAUACAGUUUGCAACUGUACUCACCAAAGUUGUCCCAGGAAACCAUGCUGUUUAACAGUGAGAUUUUAAGGACAUAGCACAGACUGCAGAUGAAAGAAUUGUCCCUGUCCCUAGUUAUACUUAUCAAAGGGAUUCCAUUGGCAGGGACAAUUAACUGGAUAAAAUCUAUUUGUGUUGCUUUAAUCUGUUUAUAUUUUUUGCUCCUGAAAGACCGUUUUUGAAUUCAUUGCAGGUAUUUUGUCAACUACAGCAAUGUGCAGUAUACUUCCAUGCUUGGUUAUUUAAGAAAUAAAUCCUUGUUGCAUGCAUAGGAUUCCCACCAAACUGUUUAUUAUGUUUAAAUUGUGUGAAAUUAUUCACAUUUUUGGCAAUGGUUUCUCACGAAGUAAAAUCCCACUGAUUUUACUUCUCCAAUAGGAACUAAAAUGCACACAUUGUUGGUUGUCCCUUGAAAUCCUCUAAUACCUGUAUUAUUUUGAAAUUAUUUGAGUAUUAUUUAAAAGUGAAUAUAGUAUGAAUGGUAAAUUAAAGACUGUUUACACAAAACUUGUAUCUUAACAGAUAUUUGUGUUGUAAAAAACAAGCUGUUUUUUAUAAGUCAUUUGAUGUGUGGUGUGUAUUGUUAACCGUGAAAACUGUUCUACAGGGGAAUUAUAACUAUUGCAGUGAUCAGACAAAAGCAUAGGGAAACAUUUAAGUCCUGUACAGUCUUGGGAAGAAGGUAUUUGUGCCUUAAGAAUAUAAACAUGCUAUUUAUUAUUUAAUUUAUACUGUCAUUACCGUGAAAGCAUCUCUUGUUUGUACAUAUUUUGCAAUUGAUUGUUGUAAAUAUAAUGUUCUUGUAUAUAAAGACAGUCUCUUUCUGAUCUUGCUGUAAAUAAUUGAUUUGUUGCUAUAGUAAUUAGAGAAAUAGUGUUUAAUAUGCCUUAUUAGUAAUGAUAGAAAUACAAAUGCAUUAAGUAAAACUGACCUUAAAAUUAUGAAGGAUCUUGGCAGUAUAACUAUACUUGAAUGGCAUCUGUAAUGCCCACCAAUUUAUGGGCAGAGGCAGAACCUGGAGAGAGAGAAACUGCCUGAAACCAUAGUUGUAGUCCUUAAUAUGUUGUACUUAAUGAUAUGCAUUUCAUUAGAUGUGUAUCUAUUUCUCAUCUAAGAAAUUAAGAAUAUUUAUCCUUAAAAUACCACACAAAGUAGAUUAGCUUAAAGUUGGUAAAUGUAAUUUUAUAAUUUGCUUUAUUAUUGAGAUGAAGAACACAAGUACUUUAAAAAUACAACAACAAACAAAGUAAAACAAACAGAAAAGUGUAAGUUUGGUUUUAAAAAUAAUAAAGAUCCAUAAUAACUGUAAACACAUUCAAGGAGUAGUUUAUUAGGAGAAAAAAAUUAUAAAGCCAAUCUUACUAAUUGUUCAUAGCCAGAUUAUAAUGAAUUUCACUGUUAAAGUGGGAAUUUUAAUUCAGGUGACUGACAUAAUUUUCUAUGACAAUUGCAGUUGCAGGUUUUUAUAUAUUUUCCUAGAUAAUUCUCUGUACUUUUUUUUCCUAUAGAGAAAAUUGUCUUUUACUCUUCUUUUUUAGACAUCUUAAAUUAGAAGAGGAAUAAAUAUUUCCCAAAAUCCUGAACUGGGCACUUUAAUAACACAUUUUGGAUUACAGCCUCUAGGCAUCCUAGCAACCAAAAUUUGUUUAGAAACACAAAGGUGCCUUAAUGAAUGGUCUCCACUCAAAAACCUGAGAGAGAGAAAAAGAAGCUGGACUUACAGUACUUACUGCACUCCUAACUUUAACCCUUAUAAUACAGUACAGUAUAUGAGAAUAUCACAGGUUAUUUUUCUAAGUAUCAAACUCCAAGUGUCUGAUAAAUAAAAUGUGUUUUUUCUCUUCUCUUGUGGUUAAAAACGAAUAAGAGACAUUCUUGAUAACAUUAAGACUUGUGAGGUGUUCUUCUCCAAAUACUUGCAUGGAGAUUCACAUUCACCUACUCAGUACUGAGGGCUUUUUUUUAUAAUUGUUGUUUUAGUUCUACUACGGACUGAAUCAUACAUAAUGUAAUUUAUUCAUUUUAGUUGUAUGGUACAAAAUCUAAAAAUAAUGCACAAGUUUAUGGGUGCUAUUGGCAUGCUAGGGCCAUAAAUUAACAAAUUGGCUAGCUUGUUGGAUUCAUGAAAUUUUAGCCAAAUCCAAGCCAUUUGGUCUAUUGUGGGAAAUAAGCUAAUAAGUAAGCUCCUACUCUUGCAAACAAUUAUGCCAUUUCUUAGCUCAUGGUGAGAAAGUAGUCACAUAAUUAAACUUGGUUGUCUGAAUGUUAUAAGACACCCAUCACUGCAUCCUUUUAACCAGAACAAUUACAUUCUUUUUUCAUAACAUACCUGGAAAGAGGAAAUAGGCCAAAGUACUGAGGUUAUGAUUAUUAGGAGUUGUUUAAUUGAUUCCAGUUCAUAUUCUUGAAUUUCCUGAGAGACUUAAUGGGAUAUGGCUCCUCAGGCCCAGCGUAUCUAAUGUCAUCUGCUUUCAGGAUUCUAAUAUUUUCACCUGAAUAAGCCAAUGUGCUUCACUUUAAUGCCCAUUUUGAUUUGUCCUUUUAUUACUGGCUGACACAAAUUGCUCAUUGGUAAAGAAUCACUAAUUUAAUCUAGCAAGGGAUUCUGGUCCCUCACAUAAUUAAGGCUUCCAUCGUAGCCAGAAAAGACAGCCUGAGGCAUGGGUUGUAGAUUCUUGAUUCUGGAAGGAAAGCCUAUUGAUUUUCUCUCAAUGGAUUGCAUCAAAUAUUGUCCUUAUUUCUUGUUUAAAACAGGAUAUUUCUGAGAAAGCAUGGUGAUUAUGUGCAUCUCAUAAACAGUGAAAAAUUUCAGAAGUUGCAGGCUUACUCAGUGUUUCAAUUUAUUGGAAGACUAUACCAUACUGGCCGAUACAGAUAUAAUACAUAAUGUAUUCAGGGAAUUUAUAGCAUUGUUUACAUGUAGUGUAGUGUACUGGAUUCCUGUUCCAACUGAUUGCUAGAAUAGUUUUAUGCAAAAUCUGUUUUGUUUGCACCUUCAUUUACUUCUAGCUUAUGCUGAAUAAAGGUAGACUAACAUA